UUGAAAUCAUAUAACGAGCGUUUCUAUAGAAAUGUGACUGCAAAUUUACGCGAUUCGCUUCAAAAGAUUUCGCAGAAAAAGUAAUUAUACAAAAACUGACAAAGUUAUUCAUAUCACCUGCAGUUUAAUUAAAAUUUGAAGGCUUUAUCAAAUUAAGUGUCAAAAAUAUUGUCAACGAUAAAAAGUGAAUGUUUGAAGUUAUUUAUUUUUAUACUCAGUCUUAAAAUACCUUAAAAGAAAAAAAAAGAAAUACCGGCUUCAAUUAUUCAGAGUGAUGGAUAAAGCGAUAUCAACACUAAUCAAAGCAUUAAUGCUCCAUGUGAUUGGAAUGAUAUUUGAAGUGAAUGCAAUUAAUUAUUGCUCAAACCACACAUUUCCAACAUCACUUGGCACAAAUUUCAUGCAAUUCACUAAGGAAACUGUUACCAAAGAGUAUGCCGUUGAUGGUCAGUUCAAAGCAUUGCAUUGUUGUGCGAAAGGAUAUCGGAGCAUUGAAUGGUUGAAAGAUGGAAAAAGUUAUCCAUGGUCGUCAGAGUCUACCUCAUCUCUAAUACUUUAUCCACAAGCAGCAAAUCAAACUAUUUAUGCUCGUCGUGCAUCAAAAACUGACGAGGGACGAUACACAUGUGUGUUGAGGAAUGACACACACAAGAUUGAGCAUCAAAUUGUCCUGAAAGUAUUAGAAUCUUCACCAGACGUCCCACUCGCAACUUUUACACCUCAAAAUCAAUUUGCUGACAUCGGAGGAUCCGCUCGAUUCUUCUGUGAAGCUUUCGUAGGAAAAAAAGAUUUGCCAGACAUCUCCAUCAGUAUUAAAUGGUAUCACAUGUCGGAUGGAAAUCAAGAUGAUGUGAUUAAUGAUAAUCAACAAGAGGUCGUGAAACGCGAAGAAGAAGAAAUUAUUGGAUCAUAUUUAACGAUUUCUGAGGUCACUUCAAGUCACUUUGGACGAUAUUUGUGUCGUGUUGAAAUGGGAAAUUCGCAAACCCAUCGAUUAGAAAUGUCAGCGGAACUCAUAAAUGCACUUCCAAUUGAAACUAACAAUUUCAUCUUUUUAAAUCCAUACUUGUUGGCGUCUUGCGCGUUUGUCAUCACACUCAUUGGGUUUUUUCUAUUUCUUCAAUUGCGAUUUUAUUAUCAACCAAGAGUGAAAAAAUUUGCCGGAAGUGAAGCCAUUUUUUUCAAAAGUCAACCUUUCACUCAUGUUGAUUGCAAUUACAUCUGAAAUCGACAUACAUUCCAAACAUUAAAUUAAAACCAGUCAAUACGAAAUAAGAUUAUGAAAAAAUUAAUUUGAAAUAUUUUAAAUACUCGAGACAUGACCAGAAAUAGUAUUAGGAGAACACUUUACGAAAAAAAACUUUCUGUUAGUUUAGUUUAAAUAUUUAUUUAUUUUUGUUAAGAUACCUACUUAGAAGGUGUAAAUAAUUUUCAAUUAAGUAAUAAAAACUUUGAUAUCUUUUUAUCAAAUA